GUCGGAAAAAGUCAACGUAGACGUCAUCACUCCACAAGUCACGUGACGUGAGUCGCCAUUUUGGAUAUCCUUUGGAUACCUUUUCUGUUGUUUAACAACACGCGCGGAAAGAUAAAGAACAAGUCUCUUAGGAAGACGAAAUGGCUUGUUGUGUCGCUGUCGGUUGCUCUAAUCGGUCAAUCAGAAAAGAUUUGUCAUUUUACCGCUUUCCUAAAGACCCAGAGAGGAGGACUUUGUGGGUGCAAGCUGUGUGCCGCCGAAACUGGAAUCCCACCGACUACUCCAGAAUAUGCAGUAAACAUUUCAUUUCGGGGCAAAAAAGCAACAACCCUCUGUCUCCAGAUUAUGUACCCUCUAUUUUUGCGUACACCCCAACUGCUGAAAGAAAAGCCAAAAAAAGAGAAGCAGGAGACAGCGAGGAACCUACAAAGAAGAGUCGCACCAAAUCUAAUCAAACUGAAAUAAUAAGUGCUGCAACUGCACUACUGGAUCUCUCUGGGACUGGGCCAAACAGUGGGACAGCAGAUGACGUUGACCUGUAUGAAGAAGAGGUUGGUCAAGCAGAUCUGCGUGGGGAAGAGGAAGAAGAAACGGGAGUGGAAGUUCAGACUAACAUGAGCGGUGAAGAUAUUGACAGUUUGUCAUCCGCAGUUCAAAAGUUGACUUCAGACAAAGAACUGCUGACUGAUCAGCUAAAGGUCAUGGACCUCUCUGAGGAAUCGUUUAAAGAUAAUGAUGAAAAAACUAAGGUUUACACAGGUUUACCGACAUUUGUCUCAUUAAUGGCCGUCAUGGAUUUGAUCAUGCCUUGUUUACGGAAACCAAACUCGGCCUUAUCGCCGUUUCACAAAUGCUUAUUGACAUUAAUGAAGCUAAGACUUAAUGUCAGUAUGCUAUAUCUAUCAUAUGUUUUCAGAGUUCACUACAGCACAGUUGCAAAAACGUUUUCUGACGUGAUCACCUUUUUAAAUAUCAAAUUAGUUCCUUCUACUGUAUUUUGGCCAGAACGAGAUCAGGUAAGAAGUACAAUGCCCCAACUUUUUAAAGCUACGUAUCCCGAUUGUGUUUCGAUACUGGACUGUUUUGAGGUAUUGACAGAAGGACCGUCAUACCUUGAAACCAAAACCAUAAACAGUUCACACUACAAAAGUCACAAUACAAUGAAGUAUUUAAUUUCAGUGACGCCACAAGGUUUCAUUAAUUUUAUAUCCAAAGGAUGGGCUGGCCGUACGUCCGAUCGGCUGGUGACGGAGAGCUGCGGCUACCUGAACAAUCUUGCUCCAGGAGAUGCUGUUCUAGCAAACAAAGGGUUUAGUAUUGAAGAUAUCGUUGCUCUGCGUGGCGCAAAGUUGGUAGUUCCUGUCAUCACAAAAGGUGUCAAACAGCUGCCGCACGGGGAAAUCACAGAAGGCAAAAAACUUUUAUCAGUUAGAAUAAAUAUGGACCGAGCCCUGGGCAACCUAAAGCAAAAAUACCCAAUUUUACAGAGCACCUUUCCUAUCAAGUUUUUGCUCACUGAUCAAGCGGCAAAGAUGUCGACGCUUGACAAAAUUAUGAGAGUCACUUGUGGUCUCUGCAAUAUAUGUGACUCUGUGAUGCCAUGUAAUUAGACUGACCUCAGAAACUCUUCCAAGUGGGUAGAUUUUCCGAGUUGGUACUUGGCAAAGGAUUCUUUAGGCAUGCCACAUCUCAGUGAUCCCUGCAUCACAGUGAUGUGAACAUGCCUGUCGAGUUCUGGACUUGAGCAUACGGGAAAUGUCGCCAGACUGACGUAAGAGCGUAUUAUGAUUUAAGGCAGGGGUCCCCAAA